ACAGAUCAAAACAAAGAAGGCCACAGCAAGGUUUACAUUUCGAGCWAAAUAACGUGGAUUUUCGUGGGAAAAAGUCUUGUUCUGAUUGUUUAUCUUCAUAUAAAGUUAUGGGAAGGAUAUUCCUGGAUCAUCCKGGGGGAACUAGAUUGUAUUCCUGCGCCAAUUGCGAUACAGUUUUGACGAAUCGCUCUGAACUUAUUUCAAUGCGGUUUACAGGUUCAACGGGAAGAGCAUUUCUAUUUCAUAAAGUAGUAAACUUGACACUAAGUGAAGUCCAGGACAGAGUUAUGCUAACUGGUCGACAUAUGGUCAGGGAUGUUUCCUGUAAGAACUGUGAUACUAAGCUGGGUUGGAUGUAUGAAUAUGCAACUGAAGAAAAUCAGCGAUACAAGGAGGGAAGAGUCAUCUUAGAAAGAGCUCUUGUCACAGAGAGCGAAGGAAUUGAAGAAAUUAGUGAUUGAUUGAUCCCAAGYUGGACGUAAUAGUGUACAUAACAAAUAUUUUGAUAAUAACCACAUGCACAAGCUGUUGCUGCAUCAAUGUAUCCUUAUUGGAUGGAUAAAAUAAUGUAAAUAGUGUAUAAUUAUUAUAUAAUAUAUAAUAAGAAAACAACUCUACUACUGCAAGCAAUGUGCAGAGCAUGACAUACGCAUACUAUUGCAAAUCAGCAAUAACAUUAUUCUACACUAUCUUUUAGUACACAAUGUUUUUGUUUUUAGGCAUUUAGUUUUUUCUUGACCCUUACUUGACUUUUGUCAAACAAUUAAUUUCAUGUAACAUUUCAAAUUUCUCAACAUGUUAAACAGUAGAGUUGUUUCAUUAAUCUAUUGAAUAGAACAACUAGUGGCACAACUUAUUUUGGUUGUUUUAGRAAGUGUUUUUUAAUGGUUUGAGUGCAAUGACUGUAGUAAAAACAUGUAUUAAUUAAGUUGCUUGCUUGUGCCAUUUGUAUWGUUUUAUCAGUGGAUCUGUGUUGUAAUUCUUUCCAAAUUCCAUUUUGUAAAUAUCAGAAUGCAUCAUUAAUCAUUACAAAGUAAUGUUUUCAA